AAGAAAGGAGCGUGAGGACUGAGGAGACGCUACAUUCCCCCGCUAUCGUCCAUUGACCCCACCAACACCCAUCUCGCCUUCUCGCCUAUUGACGGCAUAACCUUGUCCUGGCAAUCUAUCACUCCGCAUACGCCGGGGGAGCUCCUCCUCUCAUACCUCGCGAAGUCGCGAUACAUGCACUCUUCAUCUAUUUCUUUCAUGCAUACCCCCGUCCUGCAUAUACGAAUUGCUGGGCUGCUCUCCGAAGUAGACGUCUGAUUCUCGUGCGGGAACCCUUGACCAUGUCGUCCAUCCUCCGUUAUAUCUCCCAUGCCCGCCCAAUCGUCUCGAGGGGCGUUGGUACGAAGCUCUCUCGACAUACCGCCCGCUGCGUGAGCUCUCCUAUAACCUCGAUAUCGGUGCCAAAUUACAGACGCUUCGCUACGACACCCAAAAACAUGUCGGAGAUUUCUUACUUGCCGGGCGAGCCUACGGGCCCUGUGAAGACAACGGAAAUCCCAGGCCCGAAGAGCAAAGCGGCCGCGGAGGAGUUGCACAAGGUGUUUGAUACACGGAGCUUGAACAUGAUAACCGAUUUUUCGAAGAGCUUUGGCAAUUACAUCGCGGAUCUGGAUGGGAAUGUCUUGCUGGACGUAUACGCCCAAAUCGCCUCUAUUCCGGUUGGUUACAACAACCCCAACCUCCUCAAAGCGGCCACCUCUCCCGAAAUGGCCUCCGCCCUCGUCAACCGUCCCGCGCUCGGCAACUUCCCGCAGCACGACUGGGCGGAGAUCCUCCACAGCGGAAUCCUCCGCGUCGCCCCGAAAGGCCUCCACCAAGUCUUCACGGGGACAACCGGCUCCGAUGCCAACGAGCUCGCCUUCAAGGCUGCGUUCAUGUGGAAGGCCCUCCAGCGGCGUGGAGGCCCGCACGUCGAUUUCACGGAGCAGGAGAAGUCCAGCUGCAUGGACAACAAGAGCCCCGGUAGCCCUGACAUGAGCAUCCUGUCGUUCAAGAAGGCCUUCCACGGUCGCUUGUUCGGGAGCCUGAGCACAACCCGCAGCAAGGCGAUCCACAAACUCGACAUCCCCGCGUUCCCGUGGCCGCAGGCGCCGUUCCCAGCGCUGAAGUACCCGCUGGCCGAGAACGUCGAGUUCAAUCGUACCGAGGAAGACCGCUGCCUCGCCGAGGUCGAAGAGGUCCUGAAGAACAACCCGUCCCCCGUGGCCGCCGUGAUCAUCGAGCCCAUCCAGUCUGAGGGCGGCGACAACCAUGCCACCCCGUACUUCUUCCAGCGCCUGCGCCAGAUCACCAAGGACAACGAAAUCUUGCUGAUCGUCGACGAGGUGCAGACCGGCGUCGGCGCCACCGGCAAGUUCUGGGCCCACGACCACUGGAACCUGCCCGAGGGUAUGCACCCCGACAUGGUGACCUUCAGCAAGAAGGCCCAGACCGCCGGAUACUACUACGGCCGCGACGACCUGCGCCCGAACCUCCCCUACCGCCAGUUCAACACCUGGAUGGGCGACCCAGCGCGUGCGAUCCUGUUCCGCGCCAUCAUCGAGGAGAUCGAGCGCUUGAACCUCGUAGAGAACACGCGGGUGGUCGGCGACUACGUCUACAACGGGCUUGCGGCGCUCGCCCAGAAGUAUCCGGGCGAGAUCGUGAAUCUGCGCGGACAGGGGCAGGGGACGUUCAUCGCGUUCGACAGCCCAAGGCGGGACGAGGUGCUGAUGAAGGGGAAGACGGUGGGGUUGAACAUUGGGGGGAGCGGGGAGUCGGCGGUGCGGCUAAGGCCGAUGUUGAUCUUCCAGAAGCAUCAUGCGGAUAUCAUGUUUGAUUUACUCGAGAAGAUCUUCAAGUCGUAAGGGAAACUGAAGUCGUAAGAGAAACUGAGGGCGCAUGGUACAAUGAGACACCGUUCUACCGUUCCGUGAUGUGAGCGUAAGCAUUUGACGGAUACCGAUGAGCGUGGAGACGUUCUGGUCUCAUUCUGGUCUCCUGCCGAUACUGAAACAGUCUUACUGAGGAAUACUCUAGUAUAGAAUCAUUAUCGAAUAGUUGCGGAACGAGAGGCGAAACUGAUCACGCAGUAAAAUUUACGCAAUCCCAUAUUAUUUGCAUUAUCCGAAAGCCAUCCUGUUUCGCUAUGAUAAUACAAUACCGCUGUUGACCAGAACU